UCUGUUCGCGUGGGAGAUUAACAUUUUCCGUGCGCGUGCAGACGGAGAUUUACGGUUACUACGCCCAUCAUAAUGGCUCCGUCUCAUAGGUCAGGGUUGCAGGCGUGGGCAAACUACCCCCUCUAACUAAUUAGCUAGUUGUUUGUUUUGUGUUGGCUAUCCCUGGAGGGCUGUCUGCCCUGUUACUAAACUCAGGAAUAACCCUGCUGAUUUGCCGCAAUGUCCGCUCUCAUAAGGAAGAUCAUCAACACCGGGAAGGCUCCGGCGGCUAUCGGGCCCUAUAGCCAGGCCGUGGUGGUCGACCGCACCGUGUACAUAUCGGGGCAGCUGGGAAUGGAACCGUCUUCUGGCCAGCUGGUUCCUGGAGGUGUGGAAGCCCAGACGAGACAGGCUCUUGUUAAUAUGGGGGAGAUUCUGAAAGCCGCAGGGUGUGACUUCAACAAUGUUAUGAAGACGACGGUCCUUCUCGCAGACAUGAAUGACUUCAACAACGUGAACGAGGUGUACAAGCAAUUUUUCAGCAAGAACUUCCCUGCAAGAGCUGCUUACCAGGUGGCCGCUCUGCCCAGGGGUGGGCUUGUGGAGAUCGAAGCCAUUGCUGUGUUGGGUCCUGUUGCAGACUCCUCCUGACUAAACGGACCGCAGCCAAACAAACUGUAGUCAGAGUGUGUGGGAAUCACCGGGAUUGCCGACUCGUAGGUCUUAAAUUAGUGUCCGAAACAUACUUCUGCAUUUAGAUCUUUGUAAUAUCUGGGGACCAGGUGUCUGUCUGUGUGGCUUUCUCUUUGAAUUGCAGAUAAUUAAUCCAGUUACGGAAUCAAAGUCAGGAGAGUCUGACGAGACCGUGUAAGGGAGCACUUCUGUCAGCUCCAUGCCGUAUCUGGAGCAGCACUUUUCCUUGCGGCUUGAUGAGAGUUCUGGAAAUCAGUGACAACUGAGUGAAGGUUGACUUCUGUAGGUCUUUUCAUGAGCUCUGAAUCCAUCCUAAAUGUAGCAAUUGUUGCCAUUUAGACCUUCUGUUUAAAAUUUCCACUGGCAUCAUUCUGUGACCAGUUGUUUGUACACCUCAUCAUAAAUGGCAUUAAUAA